AUGAAUAAUCCAUAUUAACCUUAUCGACCCUAUUCUAUAGUAGGGAAUACACCUCGCCAGAAUCCAAACAUACUCUCUUAUGUGGAUUCGGUAUUACAGAAAUCAAGGAAUACGUACGGACACCGACCAUCAGAUCCUUAGGCUAGAUAUUCAUAAUCUUAUGCUAAUACAGGGAUCAUAAAAACAGACACAGAUGUUAAGAACUUAGGAAGUUCUCCUUUACUUGUUUCUCAAAAAUCAAUGGUGCAACAAUAGACAUUGAAAAGCAAACUCGAAUACGUAUCUCCUAAGAAAAGUGACUAAAUUUAAUUUCCAACAGAGCAGAAUCAAAUCACGAGUUUUGUAAGUAAUAACAACAAAGUGGAGAAUCAAAAUAAGGUGCAAGUGAUCUCUGAGUAAGAGAAAAAAGAGAUGCCAAAAUAUAAGAAUUUUAUAACAAUCAAGAGAUUGGGUGUGGGUAAGUACAGUGAAGUGUUUUUGGCAAUCUAGAUUCAGACGGGAUUCUUGGUUGCAUUGAAAGUGAUAAAGAAAGCAUAAAUAAUCAAGGAGAAGAUGUAAGGCCAAUUGGCUUGGGAAAUCAAAAUUCAAUAUCUCCUAGAACAUCCCAAUAUCACAAGGUUGUAUACAUUCUUUUAAACCUAAUCUGAAAUCGUUUUAGUGUUAGAAUAUUGUUCUCAUGGACAAUUGAAUACUGUUUAACAGACUAAACCGAAUAAGAAAUUCGUUGAAAACGAGGCAGCUCAAUUGGUUUAAUAGAUUACAUUUGCAUUAAUGUACAUUCACAAUCAAGAUGUCAUCCAUAGAGACAUAAAGCCAGACAAUAUUUUAUUGAGUUUUGGAUAGGUCAAACUAGCAGACUUCUCAUUCUGUGUAUAUUCUCCAGAUGAAUACAGACAAACUCAAUGUGGGACAUUGAUAUAUGCAUCUCCUGAAAUCUUAGAAGGUGACAUGUACGAUAAGAAGAUUGACAUAUGGGGUUUGGGUGUAUUAACUUAUGAACUUUGUUUUGGCAAGCCUCCCUGGAAGGAGAACCAAUAAGAGUUAAUGAAAACAGCAUGCUUCAUGAUACCUUACACGGCAUCUAGAGAUCUCAGGGAUUUCAUAGAAAACCUAGUUAAACGAUUGUCUAGAGAGAGAUACACAGCAUAACAGGCCUAUAAUCAUGCAUGGUUGUAGAGGAGUAUGUAGGUGCUUCCAUUUUACAUUUAAACUAAUGAAGCUUUAUUUAAUUGAUAGAUAUUAUGUUUUAUUGUAUAAAAUUAACUAAUUUAAUUAA